AUGGAGGUAGGGUUCCUAAAAAAUCUGCCAUCGGAGGUCGUCAUCGAAAUCCUAUCAAGGCUUCCGAUUCGAACAAUCGGAAUCUGCAAGCGUGUCCGUAAGUCAUGGCGAGAUCUUCUCCAGACUCGUCAAUUCGCCGAUUCGCAUCUUUCGAAAUCGGUACAAGGAUUGGUUGUCUGUAACGAAUAUCUGAGUUUCGACCUUUUGGCAUUUGAAGACGAACUCGAUCUCGAAGACCGCGAGCGAUUCUACAAGCCAAUAGCCAGAUUCGACAGCUGCCAAUUGAUCAUCAGCAUCUUCGACGUAAAAGGUUCUGUUAACGGCUUGCUUUUACUGAACCCGUUAAGCUCAAUAGCCACUGAUUAUUACAUAUGCAACCCAAUAACUCGCGAGUACAUCGAGUUUCCAUUUGACAAGAGGCUGAUCGACACUCAUUUCGAGAUAAUCAAUUACGGAUUCGGGGUGAGCAGAGUGACCGGCCAGUAUAAGGUGGUUAGGGUUACUAAUAUUAGGAAAUCUAUUUGUCACGUCUACACUCUCGGAACCGGAAAAUGGAGAAGAAUUGACCCUGGCUGCGAUUUGGGAAAGAACGAGCACUCGACCGGGGCGUUUCUUAACGGAUGA